AUUCAGUGUGUGAAUACUGUGAAUGUGGUCAACUAGUGAUUGUGGCAUGGCUUCGGAGUUUACGUUCCGUGUUGUUCCGUGCCUUUUUAUCUUUUUCCGCGGACAUAUAUAAAUAAAUAGAAACAUGAAGAAGGAAAAAACGGGCGAUAACAGCCGCCCCUAUAGAUUGGCUCAUCAGAUAUUGAGUUUGACGGGGAUAAACUUUCAAAGGAAGAACAUAAUUGGUUUCGUCGAGCUGACGAUUAUACCACUGCGAGACACACUGAGGCUGGUGAAACUCAACGCCAAACAAUGCAGGGUAUACAGAGUGUGCUUAAACGACACUUAUGAGGCACCAUUCCAAUAUUUCGAUCCGUUCCUGGAUAUUUGCCAGGGUGACAAUAAACAACGUUCCCUGGAAUUUUUCUCCAAUAUGCAUCUAGCGACCGCCCAGAAAGUCGACCCCGACAGUAACACCGGCGAAUUAGUGGUUCAAAUACCACCGGAUGCGGCGCAUUUAGUUGCGGAAGGCCGGAGCUUGAGGAUCAGCAUCGAGUUUUCCUUGGAGCAGCCUCAAGGAGGUGUGCACUUCGUGGUGCCAAACUGCGAAGGAACUUUAGCUGAGAGAGGUGCCCACAUGUAUACGUACAGCUACGAAAAUUCAUCUAGAUUGUGGUUCCCGUGUGUGGACAGUUUUGCCGAGCCAUGUACUUGGAAAUUGGAAUUUACCGUUGACGACUCGAUGACCGCAGUCUCCUGUGGAGAUCUGGUCGAGGUGGUCUACACACCCGACAUGCGUAGGAAAACAUUUCACUACGUGCUCAACACUCCUGCGUGCGCCCCGAACAUUGCACUAGCAGUCGGACCCUUCGAGAUUUUUGUGGAUCCUUACAUGCACGAGGUGACUCAUUUCUGCCUGCCUCAACUUUUGCCAUCUCUGAAAGUAUCGGCAAAAUACAUGCACGAAGCAUUCGAAUUUUACGAGGAGACCUUGUCGAAUCGCUAUCCAUAUUCUUGUUACAAGCAGGUUUUCGUCGACGAGAUAGACGAGGACAUCAAUGCCUACGCCACUAUGAGCAUCCUAAAUACGAAUUUGCUACAUUCUACUGCGAUUAUAGAUCAAGUAUACAUUACUAAGAAAGCAAUGGCGCAAGCGAUUGCAGAACAGUUUUUUGGAUGUUUCAUAUCGAUGCAAAAUUGGUCAGAUACAUGGUUACCUAAAGGUAUUUCCACGUAUCUUACGGGACUCUACGCGAAGAAGUGUUUCGGUAAUAACGAAUAUAGAGAAUGGAUACAAUCCGAAUUGCAAGAAGUCGUGAAAUAUGAAGAACAGUUCGGCGGUAUAAUAUUAGACCCGUCCCAAGCACCAGCACCAUUACCCAUUGCAGCUAAUACUCCAGCACCUGCUCCCCGAGCUCCCGAUCCUGGAUUUUAUUUCCCUAUUAAAAAUUUGCAUACCAUGUCUCCAAAAUACAUUGAAGUUCUCCGCAAGAAGGCACAUCUAAUCAUGAGAAUGCUAGAACACAGGAUCGGCCAAGAAUUAUUACUUCAAGUAUUCAAUAAACAGUUGUCUCUAGCAGCCAAUGCAGCACAACAAAAAAUUGAGUCUGGCCUGUGGUCGCACAUGUUGAUUAGUACAAAUGUAUUUGCUAAGGCAAUCUUUACUGUGACAGGAAAGGAUAUGUCAAUAUUUAUAGACCAAUGGGUGAGAACGGGAGGACACGCGAAAUUCAGCCUAAGUUUCGUAUUUAAUAGAAAAAGAAAUACGGUGGAGUUGGAAAUUAGGCAAGACACCGCACAUCAAAGAGGGAUUAGGAAAUAUGUGGGUCCGUUAGUGGUCAAUAUUCAGGAGCUGGACGGUACUUUCAAGCAUACAUUACAAAUUGAAGGUACAAUGGCCAGGGCGGACAUCACGUGCCACAGUAAAAGUCGUAGAAACAAGAAGAAGAAAAUUCCUCUGUGUACCGGCGAGGAAGUCGAUAUGGAUCUCUCUGCUAUGGACGAUUCUCCGGUAUUAUGGAUCAGACUUGAUCCUGAAAUGACAAUCAUGCGAGCUGUGCAAAUUGAGCAACCUGAUUAUCAGUGGCAGUAUCAAUUGAGACACGAGAGAGACGUCACCGCACAACUGGAAGCGAUCGAAGCUCUGCAGCAUCAUUCAACACCUCAAACACGAUUAGCGUUGACCGACACGAUUGAGAACGAACACUGUUAUUAUAAAGUCAGACUUCGCGCUGCUCAUUGCUUGACAAAGGUAGCAAACGGCCGCAACAUGGUAGCGCAAUGGUCAGGCCCGCCAGCGAUGCUGGCCAUAUUCAGAAAAUUAUUCGGAUCUGCGUCGUGUCGGCGAAUUAUUAAGCAAAACAAUUUCUUGAAUUUUCAACAUUACUUUCUACAAAAGACUAUACCAGUCGCAAUGGCGGGAUUACGCAAUGCCCAUGGUAUCUGUCCACCGGAAGUGUUGGCAUUUUUAAUGGAUCUUUUCAAGUACAACGACAACAGUAAGAACAGAUAUUCCGACAAUUAUUACAGAGCCGCACUAAUUGAAGCUCUUGGCGCGACUGUUACACCGGUUAUCAGCGUGCAGCAGGGAACAGCUAUUACAGCAGAGUCCCUGUCCAUCGACACGAAGGCCAUUCUAGAAGAGGUCACGAGAAACUUGAACUUGGAGAAAUUGUUACCCUGCUACAAAUAUACCGUCAGCGUAGCUUGUCUUAAAGUUAUACGCAUCCUCCAAAAGUUCGGCCACCUUCCAAGCAAUCCUCAUCUUUUUAGAGCGUACGCAGCGUAUGGACAAUUUAUAGACGUUCGAAUCGCAGCUCUAGAGGCCUUGGUCGAUUUUACUCGCGUGGACGGCAAAUGGGAGGACUUGGAAUUCUUAUUAGAUAUGGCAGAAAUGGAUCCACAUCCUGGCGUGCGCCACAGACUUGUACGGCUGAUGGUGGAGAAUCCGCCAUUCGAAAGAGCCCAUAAACAUUGCUUGGAUAAACCAGAUCUGGUCGAUCGCAUAUGGAACUUGAUCAACGGCAUGCUGUCGCACGAUGCAAAGUUGCGUUGCGAUUUGGUGGAUUUGUAUUACACUUUGUACGGUACGAAAGUCCCAUUUUGUCUACCCAUUCCCGAAAUCGUGGCGCUCAUGAAGCCUAAGAAAGUUGGCCCGCCAAGUCCAGAACGCGAGGUGAAAGCUGCGCCGGUACAGCACGUGAGACACGAACCGAUCGAAGAGGUUGAAAGCCUGCCUGUUUCGAACAAGAGGAAAUCGUCUCCCAACAAAGAUACUCCGGGUCCGUCAAAUCCAGUGGAACAUCCACCAGAGCCAAAACGACAAAAGACAGCAAAUAAUCACGACGAACGAGGAAUUCCGGUACCUGGUGAAGGGAAAGUAAAAUCUGAAUAUUACAGUGACAAUUCCGCGUCACUGCCUGGUAUCAUGGGAACGCCCGGUCCUGUAGGCUUCGAGCCCGGGAUGUUUAAAAAAGAUGCGGACGAGCACAAGCCGAAAAAUGAUUCCGGCAAUAAGAGUAAAAAGAAGAAGAAGGACAAGAAGAAGCACAAGCACAAGCAUAAGCAUAAACACGAUCACAAGCACAACAAGGAUAAGGAGAAGAAGGAAAAGGAUAAGAGUAAAGAUAAGGAUAAGGAAAAGGAUAAAAGCAAGGACAAGGAUUCAUCCGCUUUAAAGAUUAAGGAUGAGACUCUCAGCUCUGCGAGUUCUAGUCAAAGCCCAGAGCCAACUGUCACCAACGAACUUCUUUUUCCUUAGGAACAUGCAAUCAUGCAUUCGAAAUUUUUAUCACCUUCACCGUUUACACUUUGUACAACUAUAUGGUAUAAAUAAUCAUGAAACAACAUGUAAAUAUUCUUAAAAAUAAUAUAUGUAUAUGUACAUAUAUAUAUUAAAUGUAUAUAUUUAUAAAUG